GUAGCGACAUGAUCCGAAUGAACUGACGAUGGUUCGAUUAAUUACGGUUUUUAGUUUUUACCCGUUUACUUAAUUUCUUUAAUUAUUAACUGUGAAAUAUUAGUUUAAGCUAUAAGUUCUAUUGAAUUUCUGUACUAAAUUAUAGUACUAAUUUUAUUAGCAACUUGGUUAAACUUAUUCACAUAUAUUUUUUAAAUCUCUUACGCUUAAUAUGUAUUUAUAUACUUUUAUAUUUUAAUCAUCAGAGUUAAGUUCAGGUCCACAGCUGUGCUUUUUAAUUGACUUCAUUGGAAAAUAUGGACUACUCAAUACAUUAAUACAUCUUAAUUCAACAAUUAAAAGAGUAUUAAUCUUCUGAUUUAGUUUUUAAGAAGUUUUAUAGCUGUAAAAAUAAUGGGCGGAAAAACCACAAAGUUAUUUAGAAGCUCACCUCAACCAAAUACCAAAGAUCAAACUGAUAAUAACUCCCCAUAUCACGAGCAUCAUAAAAACCAUAAUAACCAUGACAUCCAACUACCAGAUGAUCCAGUUGUGAAAAAUCCUUUAAGUCCAUUUGUAUAUUACAGGAAAGGGUCAAUGUAUAUCGAUGAGGAUGGUGAUAUUGCGCAUGAAUUUUAUGCAGAAACAAAAAUAGGAUCAAAAUUAACUUUAAAACAAAUCAGUAAUCAGCAUUUAAAACCUCAAGGAGAUGUACCUUUGGAUGUACCGUGCUUAAGAAACGAUUAUCCAGUUAUCUUAUUGGACCAGAACAGAAUAAAGGAAUGAUUAGUUUCACAUAAAAACAUUAUUGAGUAUAAAAACAUAAUCGUUCCUAUGAUAUUGUUCUUUUUCCCGUUUAUUAAAAAUUUAAGUUUUAUUAAUUGCUACAAAUAAAUAUUACAAUUUGCAUCCAGUUUAAUCAAUAAUAAGUAUAGAAUAUGAAAUACUUAUCUUGGUGUACUGGUUGCGGUAAAUGUCUACUUAUUAUUUGUAACAUCAGCAUUUAUGUAUAAACUAAAAUACUUAAAUUAACUGAAUAAAUGUAUGAAAUAAUUACUCCCAUACUUGUGUUCUAUAUAUAAUUGAUCGUAUUAGAUUAUUGAAUUGAAUUUAGUUGAAAAUUGUAUAUCAAUUGAUUUUUACUUGUUUAAUUAAAUAUGUAACAAGCAAGUGGGAUGUUACUUUGUUUAAAUUAAAAAUGACCAUACAUAAUGCUUAUGAUGUAUUUAAGUAUUUUUUGUAGAUAAAUUAUGACUGACAAAAUAACUAAUAAUAUUAUACCGAAUAAAUUUAUUCAUUAAUUAAAAACACGGAUACCCGAAAAUAAAAUGUAGUUAAAGAACUUAAUAGAUACUGCAAGAAUUCUUUAAAUAAUUAUUCUUAUCAUUAAUCAGUUAUAUUAAAAUUAAAAUAUACUUAUUUCAUUUUUUAUAAUAAAACUAAUUUUAAUCUAUUUGUUUGGUAUGUUAAGAAAAGGUCGAUGGUCAUCACUAAUUUAACCAAUAAACCAUAUUUUUAAUAUUAACAGUUCAUUAUAAUUUUCGAUGUUUGCCAUUUAAAAUUAUUAUUGGCUUAAAGAAACAAUUACCCACACAAUUAAUAUGAUAUUUAUAUUAUUAGAUGGAUUUAAUAUUAUAAUUUU